UGGAGGUCUCGCUCACUCCUUUGUUUCCCAAUGCUCCAACACUUUCGAGCGAAUCGCAACAGGCGACUUCAUUGCGUGCCGUUCGCUCGUGACCGUUCGAGCGACGAAGUUCCUUCGUUGCACGAAUCCUUUGUCUCCGUUGCUCGCGAAUUAGGGCCCGAUUCGACGCGAGAAAAGAAAUGACCGGCCAGUGAGUUUUCGGGUAUUCGGUGUAGUUUCGUUUUCAUUGUGAAAGUUACGUUCGAAACAUUUGUGCGACAGUUUGACAGUGACGUACGAAGCGACACUAGAGGGAAGAGAACGAAAAACUAACCCGACACUCGUCGAAGUAUCGAAACGAUUCGAUCAUCGAAACUAUCACGCAUCUGUGGUAAAACGGACCAGGGGCUGACGAGAUGUCCGAGUACUGCGAGUACAUGUGGGACACCACGAGAGGUCACGCGAGCAGCGCUUUGGCGCGAAGCAUCUACGAGGAGGCCAGGUUCGACAAACGCGAUAAAAAACUGGCCAUUAAGACCGUCAGAGCGAUAUUGCGAGAAAUGCCGGAAGUAGACUUGAAGCACUGCACGGAUGAAUAUAUUACGCGUUUCCUGUUGGCUCGGAAGUAUCGCACGGAACAAGCUGCUGCCCUGAUAGCCGCUUAUCAGGCGCAAGUAGCACAUCGACAAGAUAUCUUCGGCAAUCUAACGGCGAGGGACCCAGCCUUGCAGCGCGCGUUGCGAGCAGGAAUACCGGGUGUGCUUCCUGCACGUGAUAGGAAAGGCAGAUGCGUACUGGUUAUAUUAGCGUCCCAGUGGGAUCCAAUCGCGGUGCCGGCGUUAUCUGUGCAGAGAGCCAUUUUCUUGGUCCUGGAGAUUCUCAUACAAGACCCAAGGAAUCAGCAAUCCGGUUUCGUGGCGGUAGUAGAUUGGAGCGGGUUCUCUUUGCGACAGGGCGGUGCCUUAGGCGCAGCAGCGCUGAGAAACCUAAUAGCCGCUCUCCGAGGACGAUUUCCGGCUAGAUUCAAAGCUGUACACUUCCUGUCGGCGCCUCUUUACGUUCAAGCCACGCUGGCCCUUGUGAAACCUUUCUUGGACGAAAAGACUCGAAACAAGAUCUAUCUGCAUGGGAACAAUUUGAGCACCCUACACGAGCAUCUGCCCACCGACAUUUUACCAGCGGAAUUAGGUGGUACAGGGCCAGCCUUCAACCCGGGACUAUGGGCAGAGCCAGUAAUUCAUUCGGCAAUGAAGGAAGCCGAGCUGGCCGCGUUAAAGAAGGAAAAAGAGCAAGCUGAAAUCGCGGAGAGAUCAUGUGACAGAAAUCUGGUCGAGUCUAGAAACGUGGAGAACCAUAAAAGAAACCAAGCGGACUCCAUGGAGUCGAGCAAUGGUAUGAACAAAGAGAUCGGACGGCGAUUCUUUAAUCCCUUUGGUAGCUCUGUAAAGAACCAGUCCGCAAAAAAACCAGGUGGAACGAACGUAGAGCUGAAUUUGAUUAAUCGCAGCAUCGCGCACACGGAAGAAAGGGAGCAUAGAAGAGGAGUGAAUAGGACAAUAAUGGAAGACGAGGAUACUCAUUGUCGGAGUAAAGAUAAAAUGUUGAACAAUGGGAAUACUAAUUACUUCGAAGAUAAAAGGGAACGAUACAAAGAUUCCGAGGAUAACUUGUUAGCUUUCCAGUCCGAAACGAACUCGAACGAAUACGAGAUCUCGAAUAGGCCGGACAGCGACGACAGUAAGGACAAUUCAUUAGACAAUAGAUCGGAGAAUGCGCUAAUUGAAACAGGUAAGAGCGAGAUACCUUCCGAAGAAACUAAUCUCAUAACGUAAUAUUAAUCUCAUCGAGC